UAUUUCUCUCUACACUGUGAGAGAAAUGUCUGAGCUGUACUUUUCAAGCAAUUCCAAAACUCAAUAUUCCACUCUCAUCAUCUCUAACUUCUUCCUCUUCGGUUCCUUCAUUCUCUCUCACCCUCUAUAUUUUUUAUACUUUGUCUUCUUCUCACCAUACCUUCUCAAACUUCUCUCCUUUCUCUCUCCUCUCUUCAUCACCACCUCCCUCCUCCUUCUGGCUCUCCUCAGUCUCUCUCCCAGCUUCAUCCAUGGCAACUCAUCUUCCCCUGAAUCAUUCAAAAGGAAGGAGAGUUUUCUCCUUACCACAUACCAUACCGUUUUGGAAAGUUUGAGGUACAAGGAAGGCGAUGAAAGUGAAGAUUUUCGUUGCAUUGAGGAGCUUGAAGCAUUUAAGGCUGUGUUCGACACCUCUAUGUUACAAGAUAGUUGCUUGCAAGCUGUUGAACAACCUCAUGGCGAUUCCAGUACUGUAGAGGAAAAACAGAUUGAGAUUGUUCAUAUGGAAACUACAAGACCUCCCAUGGCGGACGAAAGAUUAGAAGACUUUUUGAAAGAACUUGAUGUGUUUGACAAAAUGAAAACGACACGUCAUGUGGAAGGUAAGAAAGUUGAGCCACUGGACUCGGAGUCCGAGAAAGUUGUUGAAGAACGCAGAAAAGGGUCAGUGGUGGGAGACGGAUCCGAGGCAAUAUGUAAUAAAAUAACCCAUUAUACAGUUAAUGGUGGAGGAUACGAUUCAAAGAACAUUUCAAAGGUUGAGAGUUCGCCAUUGUUGGGUUAUAAUCUUGGGACUUACGGAUCAAUGAGGAAGGAAAAGGAGUGGAAGAAGACAUUGGCAUGCAAGCUGUUUGAGGAAAGACAGUGUGUGGAUGGAGGUGCUGAAGGGAUGGAUUUGCUGUGGGAGACUUAUGAGAUGGAUUCAAAUAAGGCCAAGAUGAAAAAUAAAACUAAGAAGAAGAAAGGAGAGAGACAAUACUUUGAGGAUGAUGAUGAUGAGGAGGAAGAAGAAGAGAGNUUCUCUCUCUCUCAAUUCCAUCCCCUUUAUCACGCCGCAUUCACUUCCACGGAGAGUUUUCUCCUUACCACAUACCAUACCGUUUUGGAAAGUUUGAGGUACAAGGAAGGCGAUGAAAGUGAAGAUUUUCGUUGCAUUGAGGAGCUUGAAGCAUUUAAGGCUGUGUUCGACACCUCUAUGUUACAAGAUAGUUGCUUGCAAGCUGUUGAACAACCUCAUGGCGAUUCCAGUACUGUAGAGGAAAAACAGAUUGAGAUUGUUCAUAUGGAAACUACAAGACCUCCCAUGGCGGACGAAAGAUUAGAAGACUUUUUGAAAGAACUUGAUGUGUUUGACAAAAUGAAAACGACACGUCAUGUGGAAGGUAAGAAAGUUGAGCCACUGGACUCGGAGUCCGAGAAAGUUGUUGAAGAACGCAGAAAAGGGUCAGUGGUGGGAGACGGAUCCGAGGCAAUAUGUAAUAAAAUAACCCAUUAUACAGUUAAUGGUGGAGGAUACGAUUCAAAGAACAUUUCAAAGGUUGAGAGUUCGCCAUUGUUGGGUUAUAAUCUUGGGACUUACGGAUCAAUGAGGAAGGAAAAGGAGUGGAAGAAGACAUUGGCAUGCAAGCUGUUUGAGGAAAGACAGUGUGUGGAUGGAGGUGCUGAAGGGAUGGAUUUGCUGUGGGAGACUUAUGAGAUGGAUUCAAAUAAGGCCAAGAUGAAAAAUAACACUAAGAAGAAGAAAGGAGAGAGACAAUACUUUGAGGAUGAUGAUGAUGAGGAGGAAGAAGAAGAGAGUGAUGGGCAAUUGUGUUGCUUACAAGCUCUGAAAUUCUCAGCAGGGAAGAUGAAUUUAGGGAUGGGAAGGCCUAAUCUUGUGAGAUUUUCCAAGGCACUCAAAGGGUUUGGAUUGUUGCACCGUGUAAGCAGACAUGGCAAGAAGGUGCACAAUGGAGAUGGACUUUAG